AUGUCUCUCCAUAUUGCUUCUUUUGAUGUUGCCUUUGCCCCAGCCAUUGUGCCGGAGGAUAAGGCUGCCAGCCAGUCAGCCCCAUUCUAUCCUUCCAAGACAGUACUUCGGAAGGGCUUUCGGAAAGGAGAGAGGAACGCCGCUUUCCCAGUGGAUACUCUUCUCGAACGAGACGUGGCGGUUCCUAUGAGAGAUGGCACCAAACUUUAUUGUGACAUUUUUCGGCCCACGAACAAGAACAAUAUACCGGCAAUCUUAGUGUGGAGUCCAUACGGUAAAGGUGGAAAUGGGCCCCACGGACUCCACAUGAUUGAAGGCCGAUUUGGAGUCCCCGAGGAAAGAUUGAGUGGCUACGAAAAAUUUGAAGGAUUAGAUCCUGCCGAUUGGGUUGAACAUGAUUAUGCGAUUGUCAAUUUUGAUCUACGUGGCUGUUGGAAUUCAGAAGGAAAUAUCCCAUGGCUAGGAUCUCAAGAUGGCCACGAUGGAUACGAUGCAAUCGAGUUUGUGGCCCAAAUGGAGUGGUGCAACGGAAAGGUGGCACUUGCUGGCAAUAGCUGGCUGGCUAUGUCCCAAUGGUUCAUUGCGGCAGAGCGGCCUCCUCAUCUGGCCGCUUUUGCCCCGUGGGAGGGGGCCAGCGACUUUUACAGAGACACGCUUUGCCGUGGUGGUACCCCCUAUCCCUAUCAAAAAUUCUGGAAGAUCUUAGAAUCAUCCAUGGUGGGAAGAGGUCAGGUUGAGGCAAUAACUGAGAUGCUGAACCGCUAUCCACUCUUCAACGAGUAUUGGGAGGACAAAGUAGCUAAUUUGGAGCAUGUUACAGCACCAUGUUAUGUGCUCGCAAGCUACUCAACCUCACUACAUACUAGUGGCUCUAUUGGAGGAUUUAACGCCUUAGGGUCUAAAGACAAAUGGCUACGAGUGCAUCCCAAGCAGGAGUGGUCAGACCUAUACUCAGAUGAAAGCACGCAGGAUCUCCGCAGAUUCUUGGACUACUACACUAAAGAGAAACCGAACGGAUGGCCUUCGACACCUCCAGUUCGUGUUUCGUUGCUACCUUUCAACGAUUCUCCGAUUGAGAAUAUCCCAUUCCCGUCAUAUCCAGUGCCUCAGACGCAAUAUUCGAAACUUUUCCUCACUGGCUCUAAACAGCUCUCUCUUACUCGGCCGGAUGAUUCAUCUCGACUGUCAUACCAAGCUGACUUCGUGCCUACCCAGCCUGAUGGCAUUGCUGAGGAGCUUGUAUUUGCCUACCAGUUUCAGCAGCCGACUUGGUUGAUAGGCUACAGCAAAGCUAUCCUAUACGUUUCUGCGGAUAUUGCGCAGGACUUGGACGUUUUUGUUCAACUACGAAAAAUGAAUAAGUCAGGGGAGAUUUUGCAACAUAUGAAUGUUCCCCUUGAUCAACUUGUGCCGCCAAAGAGCAGUGCAGACGAAGUACCCAAUUCCUGCUUUCUCAAGUAUCUUGGGCCUACUGGUGUUCUUCGAGCAACACAUGCCAGCACGCAGAUUCCGUCUUCAGAUUCGAACACCUGGCCGAGAUAUCGCCAUGAUAAAAAGGAAGAAGCGGUAGAUCCAAAUCAGGUUUAUCGAUUAGAAGUACCAAUAUGGCCGUCUGGAAUCACUUUCGAGGCCGGAGAAUCUCUCAUUCUGAAGGUAGCCGGUCAUUACAUGAGCUUGAUGGAGUUUGAGUUCCUGAAUCACCAUCCAGACACUGCGAACAUUGGGCGUCAUACACUGCAUUUGGGAUAUGAAGAUGGAAGCCAUCUCAUUGUCCCAUUUGUUGAACCGUUCUAG